AUGGUCUGUAGCGCGACGGGUGGCAAUACCCUGGACGGCGAUAUUGAGAAUUGGAUUCUCGUCAAAUCACUUUCGGGUCAUAAUAGCGACAUCCGUGACGUGGCCUGGAUGCCCAACGACAACAAGUGUUUGGCUUCCUGUUCCAUCGACAGCACCAUCAUAGUUUGGAGGUACAUGGACGGCGCAUGGGCGGAGUGUGCGAAACUCAGCGCACACAGCGACUAUGUCAAGGGCAUUGCCUUCGACCCCAUCCGCAAGUACCUUGUCUCUCAGUCUGAUGAUAAUACAAUAAG